AUGGCCGGCAAUUUUGACGCGGAGGACCGCGCCACUUGGUACUGGGGUCGCUUGAGCAGGCAGGAGGCUGUGUCGCUGUUGCAGGGGCAGAGGCACGGCGUGUUUCUGGUGCGGGACUCCAUCACCAGCCCUGGCGACUACGUACUCUCGGUGUCGGAGAACUCCAAGGUCUCGCAUUAUAUCAUCAACAGCAUCAGCAAUAACCGGCAAUCCGGUCCAGGUAAGACAAUAUUGCAUACACCCGCGCCCCCUCCUGAAUUUAGAAUGAACACAAGUUUGUCGCAUCCAAGGUUUCGUAUUGGUGACCAGGAGUUUGACGCACUCCCUGCUUUGCUAGAGUUCUACAAAAUUCACUACUUGGACACCACCACCCUAAUAGAACCCAUCAACAAGUCCAAACACACAUCCUUUAUCAGCGUCGGUGCAGGUGGUGCCCCUCCACCCCGCCUGGAGGAUGAGUACGUUAGAGCGCUUUUCGAUUUCCCCGGCAACGACGACGAGGACCUGCCAUUUCGGAAAGGGGAUAUCCUCCGCGUUCUUGAGAAGCCAGAAGAGCAGUGGUGGAACGCUCAGAACUCUGAUGGGCGAGCAGGGAUGAUCCCGGUGCCGUACGUGGAGAAGUACCGUCCGACGUCUCCGAGUUCGGCAGUUGCUUCCGGGAACUCUGACGGAUCCGCGUCCCAGCCGGGUGCACCACUAAUGGGAGAUCCCAGCCAGUAUGCCCAACCUACACCCCUCCCAAACCUCCAGAAUGGACCUGUCUUUGCCAGGGCCAUACAGAAGAGGGUGCCCAAUGCAUAUGACAAGACUGCGUUGGCUUUGGAGGUGGGCGACAUGGUGAAAGUGACUAAAAUAAACGUGAACGGCCAGUGGGAAGGCGAAUGUAAAGGAAAACGUGGCCACUUUCCCUUCACACACGUCAAACUCCUGGACCAGCACAAUGCCGAGGAUGAACUUAGCUGA